CGAAAGACGUUAAAAUAUCCCACGUUAAAAGACGACCUCAAAGGCAGCGUCGCGUCACGUGACCCCCCUCGCACAGCUGAGGCUGCUGAGACUGCUGAGGCUUGCCUGAUGCUAGCUCGUUAGCCACGCUAGCUUUGUCUGGAAACCGUCGGCGAGACCUCCGCUUUCCUUUAUACGUUUUUAACGAUAACCGUCGAGGAGGGGAAACCUUCGACGAUCCAUGGCGGUGUUGCAAUGUGUGUGCUCGGCUUUCGCGUUGCCUCUCAUUUACCGCUUUUGGUUCGAUGUCAAUGUCAUCUUUUGCGGCUAAGGCUGAGCAGUUAGCUUCCCGUCGUAUGCUGUUUUGCUUUCCCCACGGAAGCCAAAGCCGAGCGACGAAGGGGGGCGACUGGAGGGUGGACGGAGGCAGAGAACCAGGUUUUGAACCUUCUCAGAUCUUCUUGAGAAGUCGCCUGUGCUGUCAUCUUGCUCCUUGUCAUCCCCAGCUGAGCCAUGUCUUCGUCAGGGUGCUGCCACCUCCCUGGCUCCCUAUGUGAUUACUCGGGGAACGCGGAAUCCGACUCCUCCAAGGAUUCUGAAGAGUCUGAUUCCACUGCACAGGCUCAGUACAUUGCCAAGGUUACGGCUAAAGACGGCCACCCACUCUCCACCAUUGUUAAAGCUGUGAGCCUACAAAGUGAUGUAGGCAUGUGUCGGAUUUGCCAUGAGGGAGGCGGAGGGGAGACACUGCUUUCCCCGUGCGAAUGCACUGGCACACUCGGGAAAGUGCACAAGAGCUGCUUGGAGAAGUGGCUGUCGUCCUCCAACACCAGUUACUGUGAACUGUGCCACACAGAGUUCACCAUUGAGCGGAGGCCACAACCCCUCACACAGUGGCUGAAGGACCCAGGCCCCCGCAGCGAGAAGCGCACUCUAUUGUGCGACAUGGCCUGCUUUCUCCUCAUCACACCGCUGGCAGCGAUCUCGGGGUGGCUGUGUCUGAGGGGAGCCCAGGACCACCUGCAGCUCAAGAGCAGACUGGAGGCCGUCGGCCUCAUCGCGCUAACCAUCGCUCUCUUCACCAUCUACAUCCUCUGGACACUGGUGUCAUUUCGAUACCAUUGUCAGCUGUACUCGGAGUGGAGGAGGACCAAUCAGAAAGUGCGUCUGCUCAUGCCUGACAUGAAAGGCAUACUCCCCACCCAAAGUUCUGUGCCGACCAAGUCGACAAAGAAAAUGACUGAUGAGACCAUCGUAUGAGUGUGGCUCGGAGGCAAGGGGAAUAUUUAAAAUCAAGCCAGCCGAAGCACUCUGGGAGUUAAAA